AUGAGAGAAGUGAUUGCCGAGGAAGUAGGAAAGGCAAUCAAAAAUAGCUUAUCCGGUUUUAUUGAUAAGAUCCAAAAUACGGUACUAUCGGUUGUUGAUGAGAGAAUCAAGAAAUUGGAAGAUGAUGCUAAUGUAGCUAAGGAGAAAUCGGGAGAGCGUAAGGGCUGCUCGUACAAAGAAUUUAUGGCAUGUAAACCGCCACUCUACAACGGAGAGGUGGAUCCGAUAGUGUGCCAAAGAUGGUUGAGUGAUAUUGAAGGGGUGUUCGAAAGAACCCACUGUGACACAAAUGACUUCGUAGCUUAUGGCACGGGUCAGCUGAGAGGUCAAGCAAAAGACUGGUGGGAUAAUAAGAAAAAGGAGAUCGGAAGUGAAGCGGCGAAGGCAAUGACAUGGGACGAGUUUAAGGUACCAUUCCUUAAACAUCACAGUCCCAAAGAGGUUAUCAAUCGAAUCAAAGAGGAAUUCAUUCAACUUAGGCAGAAAGGCGAAUCUAUUGAUAAGAUCACGGGGAUCUUUCUCGACAAACUGAGGUUUUGUGAUGAGUUAGUAACAUCCGAAGAACAGAAGGUGUAUUAUUAUUAUAAUAUGCUAAGCUCAGAGUAUCGGGAGUUCACGACUCCCUCAAAAUAUGAGACCCUCACCGAAAUUAUUAACACUGCUCAAGAAAGGGAGAUAGAGCUAAAGAAACAGAUUGAAAGGGGUGAAAGAAGGGCGCAAGUGGUUAAUCCAAGCCCAACGAAAAAGGCACGUACGACUGAGUCGUCAAAGAAGCAAGAAGGAAAAAGCAGUUCGCCAAGUUCUAAAGUAUGCGGGAAAGGGCACAAGGGUUAG